AUGAACGCCCCGGAUCGCUUCGAGCUCUUUCUGCUCAGCGAGGGCGAGAAGAGAAUCGAGGAGAAUGUCUACUCUGGCAUGUCAAACACUUCCGACUUCACCCUGAACAAGGAGGACCACACUCUGGGAAAUCUACUUGCCGAGCAUCUCAAGCUCCACCCCAACGUCUACAUGGCCGGAUACAAACUCGGCCACCCCAACGUGCCGCGUCUCUUCAUCCGCGUCCAGACUGACGGCAGCAAGACGCCCCGUGAGAUUUUCUGCGCCGUUUGCGAGAAGCUCAUCAACCAACUCGAGUCGCUGCACCAGGAGUUUACCCGUGAAUGGGAACUGCGCCGCAUCACCAACGUGGGCGAGCAGGGCAACCUGCAGACCAACGGCCACUGA